AUGGCAGACAUUCUUUCAGCAGUUGGCGGUAUUGUAUCCGCCGGUUUAGGUAUUGCAAACACAGUCACUUCGAAAGCAGAAGGGAUUUUCGUUACCGUCACUUCGGGUGCCGAUGGUGCAUGGAGAACAGCAACAAGUGGUGUUGUUGUUGAGUUCAAUUCGGUGACUUCGCAAGGAGGUCAAGGAUAUCAAAUCCUUACUUCCAACGCCGAUGGUGUUGUUAGUACUAUAACACAAGGUGCGGUAUCUCAAUUUUCACUUGUUACUAGUGGCGGUGCUGCUGGUGUUAACUCAUUGACUGGGGGGAGUGGCUCUUCUGUUGAGACAAGCACUGCAUCUACUAGCGGCGGCAGUGAUGAGUCACACACUACAAACGCUUCUUCCUCUAGUGCAACUGGCGGAGCUGGAUCAUCCAAAUCGGAUGCAUCUUCAUCUGAGUCAGGCUCGUCCAAGGCCUCAUCAUCUGGUGGAGCAGAUGCUGCUUCAAAGACAUCGGAUUCGUCGUCAAAAUCAAGCGGUUCAAGCUCGACUAAAUCUUCGUCGUCAUCCUCAAGCGCCGCAUCUUCAAGUAACAACAUUGACGCAGUAAAACACUGGAAAAAGACAUUGGUCAUGGGAGCUAUAGUUGGAGUUACAUUCGUAGCUACUGUAUUGUAA